AUUUACGGUAAUCUGUUUACGGUUGCUUUUUGAAGAGCUUGUUACACAAAGCUAAGAUCUAUUCAUACUAUAUAAUAUCAUCGUUUGCUUUUCUUUGGCGUUCUUUGACCUUUCUUUUAUUAUUAUUAAAUAUGAAUGCUCAGCGAAACAACGAUGAAGAAGAAGUUAAACAGUUUAUAUCAGAUACACUCCGUAUACAGUUACCAGAAGGCUCACUUCAGGACAUCCUAAAAGAUGGCAUCAUACUUUGUGACUUGAUUCGAGUGUUUUCGCCUGAUGGAUUUAUAGUAAAAAAUGAAGGCAAGACAAAAUUUGCCUACCAAGAUAACAUUGGCCAGUUUCUUCGAGAAGCAGAGAGGCUUCAUAUACCCCCAUCCGACCUGUUUCAAACAGUCGACUUACUGGAAGGAAAGCGAAUGCAAAGCGUCAUUACUUGUUUAUUAGCAAUCCAAAGAAUUAUGCGUGAUAGAAAAUUGAUACCCAACACAAUCAGAGCCAAAAAAAAGAGCAACAAUAUGUUAUUUUUAAAAACAGAAGUCAAAAAAAGAUCAUCUAGCUUUGACCUGACAAAACCUUCGAAAGAUAUAUGUAAAAGUAAGGAAGGCUACGUCAGAUCACAAGUUAAGUCUUUAUCCUGCCAAACUAUUACAGAGAGUUCUCUUCCUUCGCCACCUCACACACGAAGGAACUCUUCAGAAGCAUUGACUAAAAGAGAAGAACCUAAACUAUUACCGAUUCCUCCUAUUCCAGUAGCCACACCAUCAAAAUCCACGCCGACGUCAGACCAAACCAACUCAAACAAUCGAAAGACGUCGUUAAAAAAGAUGGGGGCCUGUGCCAUUGCUGUUCAAAACGAAGAUGGUACACAAUCUGUUUAUGCUCUAGGAAAAAGUAUUGGUAAAGGACAGUUUGGUGAAGUAUUUGGUGGUCUAAACAUGGACACGGGUGAAUAUGUAGCUAUUAAGCGAAUAAAAAGAAAUCAAAUGGAUUGUGAUGACAUGAAUGAAGUAGGUGUUCUCAAGCAUCUAAACCAUGAAUAUAUCGUGCGAUAUAAGGGAUUCUCAAAAGAUAAAGUAUAUAUCAACAUUAUUCUAGAAUAUGUAGAAAUGGGUUCCUUAUUAAACAACAUCAAAGCUUUUGGAAAGUUUCCAGAGAAGCUAGCUGCUUCAUAUACCUAUAAAAUCUUAUCUGGUCUUCACUACCUUCAUUCUCAACAGGUUAUUCACUGCGACCUUAAGGCGGCGAAUAUACUUACUACCAAGACCGGUGGACUCAAACUAACAGAUUUUGGAGUUUCACUCAGCCUGAAAAUGAAAGAUGAUGAAACGACUGGAGAACCAGCGGGUACGCCUAACUGGAUGGCACCUGAAGUGAUCAAACUCGCCGGAGCAUCUACCAAAUCUGAUAUUUGGUCGCUAGGCUGUACGAUUGUUGAAAUGCUAACAGGAAAACCACCUUAUGCUGGUAUGCAUUCAUUUGCUGCCAUGUAUAAGAUUGUAGAAGACGAUGAACCACCUAUUCCAAAAAAUUUAAACUUGUCAGAAGAAGCAAGAGAGUUUUUAACAAGCUGUUUUAGAAAAGACCCCAAAGAUAGACCGAGCGCAUAUGACCUCAUGCGAUACAAGUGGGUGGAGUCCUUCUUCAAGCAGGAUCAGCAGCGUUCACUCAAAAAGAGUAGUAGUGUCAAUAACUUAUCUUGCUUACAUGAGCGCAUCUGUGAACAAUACCCUUCAAAAGCACAAAUGUGCAGCAUAUGUUUUUCAAUGAUUGGAAAAAGUUUAAGAGCUAAACAUUGCCAAGACUGUGGACAAACAAUGCAUGUGUUCUGUAUACCAAGUAAACUAAAAUCAAGCACAAACAAGCUGUACACAGCACUACCGCCAUUAUCCAAUCAGGACGAAUGCUACAUACCAUUACAUAGCCCCAAAUAUAAGUCAGAAGGUUACUCACAAGCAAAAGUAAACAACACUAUACAAAAUAAGUUGAGCAGCCGAAGCAUACACACGGAUUUAGUCAGAAUAGUAAAGAGUAGCGCAGGGCAUAUUUGAGUCAAGCUUGUUUCAAAAUUGGUCCUAGAGUAUUUUUUUUUUUAAAACAAAAAGAUGAUGAAUUCAAACAUCAGCAUACAGAAUGACGCUAUCUAUCGUAUGUAAAUUGAAGAAAUAUUGAAUCAUUAAUGAUACAAGACUUUAUUUAGUGUCUCUCUUUCUCGAUCACUAAAAUGUAGAUAACAUCAGUAUCAUAACCAGAGACAUUAAAAUUAAACUGCAGAUCUCUUAACAAUGGAGAAUGUUUCCUUUCAUUUAU